AUGUCAAAUGAAUUAUAUGAAACGCUAUGUGAAUUUCUUGUUAGUUCUCCUUUAAAACAAAUUUCCGUUGUACCAGUGGUAUAUAAAGCAAUAGCAAAAGAUCCAUGGGCUUCUCAAGAAAUAUUAAAAGACUCAAUCAAACAAGCCAUCGAAACCACUGUGAAAAAAUUUUCAAAUAACUCGCAACGGUAUAAAAGACUUAUUAAAAUUCCUCAACAGGUUGGUGUUUUUUGUAUAGAAAGAUGCUUAAUGAUAUGGAAUGAUGAAGGUGCAGAGUUGUUCGGUAUUGCUUAUGAAGGUGUGCGCAGUUUAUGCGAUAUGGGUGUAAUAAAAACAAAAAAAGAAAAGGAACUCAGUCCAGAACAAAUUAUGAACAACAUAUCAGAAUUGAAAUCAAAUCUUUCAAACUCUCCUUCAUUACUUCAUAAAGAAUUAUAUAAAAACCUAAAGAAAGUGUCUUACCAUGAUCUAAAAUGGAAGGAUUAUCUUGCUAACAAAAUAAUUAGCGAUGAUUCUGAAGCCGUAAAAAAUUUAACUGAUAAUUAUGAAACAUUUAUGGAACCUAAGCAUCAAAUACUCCCUCCCACAUUGUCUUUUAUUCAAGGAAUGUGUGAUAGAUUUGUGUCGAGGUUUACUGAACUUCAGGAAUAUUAUCCGGCAAUAUUAAUGCAUGAUAAGACUUGGAAAGAAUCAGAUGAUAUUCUUUCAGGAAUUGCAGAAGAAGUUCUUAAAGUCUU